CGUGAAAAGAAAAAAAGGAAAUCAAGGAAAAACCAUCUGGCGGUGGUGUUUGGGUCUUAAAUAUAGCCGCGAGUGAUAAUGGCCAGCGCGACAAUGGGACUACGUCGUAGAGUGCCGGUGAACAAUUCGCCGACCCCUUCGAGCCAUCAGUCCGUGUCAGCGUCUACUGGGUCUGGGAAACGUUCGAGGUCCGAGAACAAUAACAGCCCGUCCCAUGGUAAUCUGAACUCGAUGAACGGCUCGCGGGACGAGCCACCGACUAAGAAGUCCCGUGGAACGUCCACUAGCGGGACGAAGGGUUCUAGCGGUUCGUCACCCGAAGCGACGAGUCCGUCGUCGAAAGGUCGCGGUGGAUCGGUGUCCAGGGCAAAUGGACAGGCAAAAUCAUCGGCUACAUCGACGGUGGAUGGUACAUCUAGCAACGGUGUGAUGUCCACAACAUGGGCGACCCAAUCGAACAUGUCCGACAUGUCUACAUACGCUUCUGUACCUGGCUUGAGCAUGGCACCUAGUCCAACAACUGGUUUGUGUCCUGGUGGAUUAGGUAUGCCUACCCCUAUACCCUACAUGUCCACAUCCAUGGCGACUUUCGUGGGUAACGCGACCAAUCUCGGGAAAAGUUCGUCAGUUUCGUACCUGGACAUCUCGAACAUGACCGGUGGAUCGUUGAGCUCGGCUGGUUCAGGUUUGAAUACGGGUUACGUGCCUGGAGGGAAAGGGAACACGACUGGGGCAACGAUCGAUCCGAAGACCGGCGUACCAAUCCCGUUCCCGGGUAUCGGUUCGGCGGGUGUUAAUGGGACCGCCGAUUACGGGAUGCAAAAGGGCCCGACGGAUAAUGUCGUGCUGCCAAAAAAAUUCCAGAACGACGGUAUGUUCAACGCUUACCAACCGUGGGUGAUUAAAACUUACGGGGAUCUGGCGAAAACUAAAACGAUCACGAUCAAAAAGUAUGCGCGUAUAUUGAGAACAUUGAGGGGCGAGGAAGUGAACAGUGCGGAGAACAGUAAAUUUCGUUUCUGGGUGAAGAGCAAGGGCUUCCACAUCGGUCAGCCGGAAGGAUACGACGCGAAACCCGCGGACAGGAUUAUCGGUCGUCAUGCAGUGACGAGCCCUGGAUUGGAUCCUCCGCUGUACGUGCCCACACAACCGCCGCACAACAAGACAUUAAAUGGCGCCGAGGGUACCGUUCCACCCGGAAGAGUGUACAAGAAAGUCGCGAUCGUGGAGAACUUCUUCGACAUUAUUCAUGCUGUCCACGUUGACCUUGAGGGUCGUCCAGGAAAGCAUGCUGGUCAGAAAAGAACGUACAGGACGAUCACGGAGACGUACGCGUUCCUGCCACGGGAGGCGGUAACGCGAUUUCUGCUGGGCUGCACGGAAUGCCAACGACGUCCACGUACCCCGAGCCCGACCAACCUGUCCAGCCAGACGCAGUCCAACGCCGCGACGUCGAUUGCCACGACACCGUUGAGCCCGAGCCCGGCCGGUGGUCUUGCAACGACGACGUCGACGUCGACGACGACAACAACAUCGACGUCGGUGCACAGUGGUUCGAAGCACAGAGACAGCGGGCAUCAAACCAACGACAACAGCAAGGCCCUGUACAGUUACAGGCAUCAAAAACAUCAGAGGGGCAACAACGCUACAGUGAGCACUACGAUCGAGAAACCGGAGAAGGAAAAAGAGGAGAAGUACAAUCCCCUGAGCAUCACGAAUCUUCUAAAAAAAGAGCCAACGGUCACAGGCAGCUUUUUGCCCAGUGGAGAUACCCUACCAGAGUCCAGGCGUACCCCCGAAUCGGAUCGAGCUAGCUCGAAAAGUUCCGCGUCGUCCAAGAGAAAGAGGAUGCUGCCAGAAGGUAGGACUCCGUCACCUCAGCCUAGCCAGCCAUUGCCAAGGCCUUGGAGCCCUGGACUCGAUCCCAAAAGCACGCCCAUCGAUUACAGUCUUCCGAUCACCACCUCGUACCUGAAGCAUCAGCAGAGGUUACUGCAACAAGCGGAGAAGAAUAAAGCCGCCAUGAUCAAGGAACCCGAACCUGAGCCGAAGCUCACUGUGUUGCCUGCCGAGGAGAUCGAGAACGUGGAGAGGGAGAGAUACUCGCCAGCCACUGGAUUGAUAGACACUAACUUAAACCUGUUGGCCACCAUUCAACAUCUUCACUGUCAGGUGAUGCUGGCGCUAACCGAGAGGCUAAGACCUUCUUUCGCGAUGCCGAGCCCUCUGGUUCUACCCACAGCGGCUAAUAUAUUGACGAGUGGGAUGAUGAUCGGCGGGUCCGAGGUGUCUGUGCAGACAGGCGAAGGUCGCACGUGAGAUAGUCAGACCAAGGACAUUUGUUCGAGGA